CCCCCUUCCGCAGCCCAAUCAGGGCCGCUUGGAGGAAUUCAAACCCCGGCCCCGCAAGCGCCGGCGGCGGCUCCGCUCCGCUCCCCCGGCCGGGAAGGCUGCGCCGUGGAGCGGCCGGGAACGGCAGCGGGACCGGGAGCGGGGCCGGUCCGGAUGGGCUCGGGGAACGGCGGGGCGGGCGCGGCCCCCGCCCGCCGCCCGGAGCGCAGCCCUGGACAGCCGGACCCCGGCCAGGCUCCCUCGGUGACGGGGCUGUGUGGGCACAGCCUGGCCCUGCUCCUGUCCCCACGCAGCUGCAGCCAGGAGCUCUGGGCUCGCCCAGGAGCCGAUCCCGAGGGGUUGGCCAUGGAAUAGGCGCUUUUCCAGGUGCCUGGGCACAGCGGGAGGCUGAAGUUGGUUGCCCCGGGGCACUCGAACUCGCCCUGCCCUGGAGCCCCUGGCCUCUGCCAUGAAUGAUGCAUCCACCAUGGAUUAUGAACUGCUCUCCCCGUCCCUGGUGGAGCACCCCGCCGGCGCCGCGGGCAUGGAUGCCGAGCAGAAAACUGUCUUUGCCUUCGUCAUCUUCCUCCUGGUGUUCUUGGUGAUGCUGAUGGUGCGCUGCUUCCGCAUCCUGCUGGACCCCUACAGCCGCAUGCCCGCCUCCUCCUGGACGGACCACAAGGAGGGCUUGGAGAGGGGCCAGUUCGACUACGCCCUGGUGUGAGGGCGAGCCCGGGGCGAGCUCCGGGUGCCGCCCCCGCGCUGGCCCCGGCCCCGGCUCCCCCUUCCUCCGUGGUGUUGCCCCGCAGGGAUGCUCCGGGCAGGGGGGGCGAGCGGGGGGCUCUGGCCCCGGGGAGGUUUUCUAGGGGUUUCUCUCUUUUCUAAGCACUUUUCAGUUCUCUCCGCAGCCCGCGGGACGUUGGGGGACGGGGCUUGGGCAGGGCUCGGGCUCCACGUGGGCCCCGCUGCCCCUCUUGCCCCCGGGCACCGCCCGGAGGGGCAGGAGGGGACGGGACGGGGCAUGGCGGGACCUGCCCUCGGCCCGCGGGGUCCCUGGGCUGGGCUCUGCCCGGUGCCAGACCCGAGCUUUGACCCCCGGCCCCUCGUGCCCCCCGUGCCCCCCCGGGAGUGCCCCCCGUGCUCCAGUGCGUGUGUGUGUGUGUCCUGUAGCUGAGCUGUGUCCGUCAGGGGUUCCUCGGCACCAGCCCCGAGUGCUGGCUUUGUUCCUCGUGUGCGCCACCCCCGAGCCCCCCAAAAGGCAAGGCAGGGUGGGGACCCCCCCCUCUGUGCAGCCCCCCCUUGGCCUCCAGCCCUGUCCCCUCAGCCCUGUCCCUGCCCAGCUGGUGACAAUGGAGCGAGGGGCAGUCCUGGGCACGCCCGCCCGACUGGGGACACCAGGAUGGAUCAAAGGUCCCCAAAACACCCGGGAGAGGCUCCUCGGCCAGCACGGGCCUGGCAGCUGCCACGGGCAUCCCCGCUGGGGUGUCCGGCCCUUCCCUGGCUCUCCCAGGGCUCUGGAAGUGGCCAGAGGGGCGAGCAGGGGAGCUGCAGGUGGCCACAGGGCUGCCAAAGCCCGUGGCGGGCAGCGGGAGGGUUUGUACGAAGGGAUUUGAGCCCGAGGGGGGAGAACCUCGCCCCUCUCCAUGGAAAUAAAGCCGCACCGUGCCGACCCCA